CAAUUUUUCUGUCUGUCUUUGCAUUUGGUUUUGGAUUCUUAGAAAUCUCCGUAGUUAAUAUCUAAAUUAGCAUAAUGGCUGGUAUAAAACAAGUCAGAAAUAAAACUCUUGUGCCCGAUUUAAGAAAAGAGGGUGAACUUAGCAAGGAUAUUUUGCUCUCAACCCAAAAUAAACACAUUGGAACAACAGGCUCUAGACUUUUUUCACACCAUACACUUGCUAGUGUCAGGCGAUUAAGUUUUUAUCAUCCUUUCUUUUUGCCAAAAGACAGUUUGGAUUUCGUAUUAGCUACGACCUACAAUCAUUCUACUGAGAGAUUCCCAGAUAAAGAGGAUUUGUAUUUACAACCUGAAACUAUUGGUUGUGAUACUUGGCGGCGACUGCGGAACACUUUCGAUAAAUGCCCACCGGUCAUAAUACCCUUGGGGCACCCAAUGAAACGGGGUGGAAUAAAGGAACGUCGAUCUCAAUUUAGCGUGAAGCUCAUGAACUCUGGAGUACAUUCAUCCCAGACUAACCCUGGUUACAGCCGGCAACCGGCGGGUGGUGCCAUAUUCUUUUAUUAGGCUUUUCCGAAAAUUUUCUUACUUUUAUUAUUUUAAUGUUAAAAUGUUAAAGAGGAAAAGUAUUACAUCUAAUUCGCUGGGCUUACAUAACAACGUGAACGUUUUAGGAAACUUAACAUUAUGAAUUUGAUAGUCAUUUUGCCAGUUUUUAAACUGACCUUACUUGAAAAUGAGUGUAACAGUCGUACCGAUUAUUAAAUAAUAGGUAGAGGUACUAAUUUCGAACAUAAUUUACCUACCCAGGAAGAUUAUUACGAAUGAGGCGCAUAAAUUAUCUUUAUUGUGAGUAAUGCCUAACUUCACCAGUCGCUUAGAAAAAAUAAUUCACCUUUAUUAAUCAAAUCACAAUUAUUAUUGAUUAGGGUUAUUAUGGUAUUGUGUCAGGGGCUUUAUCUAAUUUGGAUCCCCAUAAUGAAAAAAGCCAUCGUGUGUAUUAAAGCAAUUUACACAAUUAGGCUCAUUAUUUCAAACUGCCACUAUUCAUAAAUGAUAAUAUAAUAAUAUACCUUAAUAGUACCUACUUAGUGGUAAUAGCGUUGGUAUUUAAAAAUCGAUUGAGUUGUUAUACCCACCAAAACACCACUUUAUAAAUGGCCGGGAUUAAUAAUAUGUGAUCGUGAUUUUUCUAAAUAUUGGCGCCAGGCUGCGAGAGCGGGCUACAGUUUGAAAAUGAAAGGAGUGAAGUAUGUAUUAGUUUUAAAAAUUUGUUGCUAGUGAGCAAAGCGUAGGUAAUUAUCGGUGAGUUUAAUCACAACUCAACCCAUGUACGUAAUUAAAAUAAGUGUCGUUUCUUUAUUGGAUUGCUCAUUAAUUUAAAUAGGUAUUUAUCGAUCAUUUUUGUACUAAUUAGUAUUUCUAGGUUUUUUGUUUCAAUGCAAAUAAGGGUCGUUUGUUGCACGGGCAAGCAUGUUCACUAUUUUAUUUACCUCUCCAAUACAGAGUUGUGUGUUGUGUCUUCGUUAUGUUUGUUUGUAAAAACUCGUGUGAUCUAUUAAAUACAUUUUGCUGUUGUUUUCUGUUUUGCUGUUAUUAUCAUCUGCUUCAUUUA